AUGACCUGCUGCGAAGGGUGUACAUCCUGCAAUGGAUUCAGCCUGUUGGUUCUACUUCUGUUCGGAGUCGUGCUCAAUGCAAUACCUCUAAUUGUCAACAGGGUUGAGGAAGGCCGAUUUUUCCAAAACCCCAUCUCUUGCUUUGAGUGGUGGUUCCCAGGAAUUAUAGGAGCAGGUCUGAUGGUGGUUCCAGCAACCGCAGCGUCCUUGGCGGCGAGGAAGAGAGCAUGCUUCAACAACAAAACCGGAAUGUUCCUCUCAUCGCUUCUGAAUGUAAUCACAGUCCUUGGUGCCAUGUACUGCAUGGCGGUGUCUGCGCAGGCCCUCUUGCAAGGCCCUAUCAUCUGUAACUCUCCAGGCAACAGGAAUUCCAGUUGUGAAUUUGCAUUUGACAAAUUAAGGAUUGAAAACCAAUCCUUCAAUCUACAGUGGUUCUCCAAUGAGUCUUGCGUGCUUCCCAGUAGCUUGAGUCCUCCCACCGUGAACAAUGCCACGGCCAAUGGCAGGAACACCUACGGCCUGCGCUUCAGGGAUAAGGAAACGAAGCACAAGACUAUCCAUUUCCUGGUGUUUUCAGGCCUGCUGGUUGUGGGGCUUCUUGAGCUCCUGUUUGGGGUCAGUCAGAUAAUCAUCGGUUUCCUGGGCUGUCUUUGUGGAGUCUCCAAGCGAAGAAAUCGAAUUGUGUAAUUUAAUGGUAACAAAAUGGAAAU